AACGCGCGCGCCAGACACGAUACCGUUACACCUCCUCCGCCUUAUAUCUCCUCUCCCAGAAAACACAGAGACGCCGCGGGCGCGCGCGCCAGGGCUCGUGGCUGAACGGCUCGCGCUCUGGAUUGAUUCCGAUUGAUUACGCACCAGAAAAGCAAAAAAAAACAAAACAAAAGCGCUGGAGCGAAGUUUGGCGCGUCGCGCGCGCGGUGACAUGGAGAGGUAGAGCAGGACGCGGCGCUGCCACGCAACUUUUAAAUCCUGCUCUGACUUUUUUGGAUGUUUCUGAACGGACGGUAUUCAGUUUCGCCUUGAUCUGGCUGGUGUAUUGUAAUCGCAGCACUGCUGGGUGAAUUUCAGAGGGACUGGAGAGCGGGAAGCGCGCGGCGGAGUGCAUGGCCCGUGACAGAGGAUACGAGCGCGCGCGUUAUGUCCGGUAAUGAAACAGCAAUGAGAGCGGACUUUUCCCUGGAAUAAACGCACGCGCCGGGCCAACAGAAUGCGGGAGCGGGAUGUACAGAGUGUGUGUGUGUGGCUGCUGCUGCUCACCCUGGCCCUGCUGUCUCUCUGGGGGCGUCUGGCUCUGGCCUCUUCACACCGCAACCAUAUAGUGCAUGUGAAGGCUGGGACGUGUGAAGUAAUUGCGGCCCAUCGCUGCUGUAAUAAGAACAAGAUUGAAGAGAGAUCUCAGACUGUCAAGUGCUCCUGCCUACCUGGACAGGUCGCCGGGACGACCAGAGCCGCUCCAUCCUGCGUCGAUGCAUCUAUAGUAGCCCAGAAGUGGUGGUGUCAGAUGCAGCCGUGUCUGGAUGGAGAGGAGUGUAAAGUUCUACCAGAUCUCACAGGUUGGAGCUGCAGUACUGGCAACAAGGUUAAAACGACAAAGGUAACUCGGUAGUGGAAUGCUCCAGUCAGAGGAAGUGGAAGUAGAUGAAUAGGAAACAGAAAGACUUGCAGAAACAACUUCACCAAUGCUAAAAUAAUACGGGAACCAAAGCAGCAAGGUCUCGUGUUCCACUCCAUUCAUACCAAUGAGGACCACCACACUACUCAGCUCUCCUCCAUCCUCCAUACUUGCAAUCCGCUGUCCUGAGCGUUUGCUGCAAACCUCGUCAGCACAAAAACAGGAAUGAAAGACUGUCUGCUCGCUGGAAUUCGCCAUGCAUCUGGAUUAUAUCUUAUGGUAGAAUGCUAAUCGCAGAGACAACUCACUGCUAACAUCGGAACUGUUUUAUUUGUUCAGUUUCUUCUUCCCCCAGCUGCUUAGACGUUCUGUUGUGUUAUGGUUUUCUUUCUUCUGUCUGUCGAUGCUUCCUGUAACCUCACAUUUUGAACCUGAAAUGAAAAGUGACAUUUUUGCUUUCCCUUCUAAAACCUUGUUUCUUUCUCAGCAUCUUAACUUCGGAAACUAGAGCUGCAGUCCUGGACUUACUGACCAUCUGUAGAUUAUUUUGUUCCUUUUCUAAUAAAGAAAUAAUAAGUAAACUUUUUGACGCAAAAGACAAAUAAAACAGUAGAUGUUAUGGUAUAAUUCUGUAAAAGUGUAAAAGAUUACAAGUAUAAGAUUCUUAGAUCCAGAAGAAAUAAAAAAAAUACUCUAACAGUUUUAAUAUUGAUGUUUUUAACCAGCCUGGUAACUGCUAUUGAGUACAUGUGUCAGUAUUAUCUAAAAUAAAUAAAGCUAUUUCAAAGGAAAUGAAAGAA